AUGGCGUCUUCAGCAUCGACCGACAUUCGAGAGGAGCCCUUCCCAGCCCCAUCGAAACUGGCAAACGGGACAGUAAACGGCGUCCAGACCCACGUCUCUUGCACCAACUUCGCCGACAGGAUCCUGCUCACAAUCUCACAAGAGGGCCGCCUGUCGCAAUGGGUCCAAGUGCCGCUUUCUGCCCCGUCUCCAGCCCUCGUGGACAUGGCCAUGCCCAGGGCUGAGCUGUCUGCGCUCCCCUCCCUCCACCUGACUCCGAAGACCCUGCUUGGUGGUGGAGGACAGGACAGAGAGACCGUGGGCCAGCUAUACGCCGCUCAAAUCGCCAGCCAUCUUGCUCUCAGAAACCCUGAUGACCGAAGGACACUCGUGGUGGGUCUGGGCUUCACCAAGUUUGACGACCAAAGCCGCGAGGCCUUUUUCGAUGUCCUCGAGUUGGUGACCCAAGCAUUAUGA